UUAAUAAUAUUCACUCUUCAAUUUCAUUGAUGCAUUUGUUUGAAGUGUGAUGUAAAAUAAAUACUAUAGGUUGAUGCCCAAAUCUUCGUCUUUCUUCAGUUGGCAACAUUUUCCAUCAACAUUCGAGUUCUAUGUGGAUAAAAUGGCGGAUCAUCCGUUUACUUUAGUUGUGUACCGGAUAUUCGUAUCGAAUUGUGAGUUUUGACAGAUUACAGUUUUCUUUUCAACGAGUAUUUUGUAUUAAAUCGUGGUACUCAAAUAAAGUGGAAUAAUGCCGAGAAUGAAAAGGAGUUUCAUUUGGGAUUUCUUCACCAAAAACGAUACAGGAGAAGCACAAUGUGAUACUUGCCUCAGGAAGAUAGCAGUGAAUGGCGGAUCGACAUCAAAUUUGAUUAAGCAUCUGAAAUGCAAACACAAAGAUAUUUGGCCAGAUCAAUCGUCAAUAGACAAUGAUCUUAUGACAAAAGAAGCAUAUAUAGGAAAAGAAGAAUAUAUAGUACUACAAGGCGAAAACUAUGAGUAUUUGCAAGAGGAUGAUGAUAAACUGGAUAUGCAAGAAGAAACCCGCUUUGAAAUAUUACCCGCACCAAAACCAAAAAAACCUAAGGUUUCUCUUGUAGACGAUGAGUUCAAUCCGAAAUUCUCUUCUUCAAGAAGUCUUCCUUCAAAAUCAAACAGGGAAUCGAGAGAUACAAGGGAAUCAAGGGAUUUGAGGGAUGACUCAUUGGAGAUUUUCUCCAGAUAUAUGAUUUCCUUGAUGAGAGAUAUACCGAAAAAAAAAUGUGAAGAAGCCCAACUGAAAAUAGUAUCUGUGAUUCUUGAAGCGAAAAGAGAUGUUGAAUCUCAAGAGAAACAGGAGGUUGAGACUAGAGAAAAUGUGAAUUAGCAACUUGUGAACAAAUUUUUCCUUUAUUGUUCGCCUUCACAUUUUUCUAACGAAAGUCGGAUUUUAUUAAGGGGUAAUUUUUCAAUGAUGGAAUAAAAACAAGCUGAAAUCAAUUGGGCAAUAGAUUGGUUUGCUUUUGAGAAGAAUUCAUUCGAAUUUGACAUCAAUCUAUCUUCAUCUCAGUAGUCUCAUUGUUAAAGUAUCAUCACAGUAUAGGAACUAUACUAUAUAUAUAUAUAUAUAUUCCUAUACUGUGGUAUCAUAUCACCAUGUAUAUAAUUGAUUAGAUUUGAUUUGAUAGUUUUGUACAGAAUAAUAAUGUUAUAUUUUUCAUUGUCUAUUAUACCAAAUAGAAAACUGAACUAAGGUUUGUAUCAGAUUCAAGCUUUCAGGACACUGCAAAGAUUAUUCAAUAAUUUUGAGAUGUAGGAAUACCUGUAUUGCUUUUAAUUUAAUUAUUCAUAUAAUAUUGAAAGAAUUAUUUUGACUAUCACUUACCUAUCUAUAGAUAUUUUCAUAUAUUUUGACCAAACAUAUUGUUUAUGAAACAAAAUUUUGUACGGGAAAUGAUAUUAUAUAUUCGUUUCAUUGUUA